AUGUCGGGCACAAAACACUUUCAACAUGUGAUUGAGACCCCAGAGCCCGGCAAGUGGGAGUUGUCUGGGUAUGAGGCAGCCCUGCCAAUCACAGAGAAGUCAAACCCACUGACCCAGGACCUCGACAGAGCAGAGGCUGAGCAAAUUGUUCGAUUGCUGGGACAAUGUGAUGCUGAGAUCUUCCAGGAGGAGGGGCAAGUCAUGCCCACAGACCAGGCUCCCUUUGUGGCAGUCCAGAUGGACUCCGGCAUGGACAGCCCAGGCACCUUCUUGCCAGUCCUGGUUGGUUUCAGCCCUGUGAACAUGGUCAGGCUCCCCUUGGGUCCCCCUCUGGCUACUCAAACCCCCAUCGUGUCCCCCUUUCCUGAGGACUCUGUGCCACCCAAUCACCUCCGCCGUAUUCUGUAUGUAGAUGGCCGCUUUGAUCCCAGAGGAAAUGACCCCAUAGAAGACUGGAGUUCCACAUUCCGACAAAUAGCAGAGCGCAUGCAGAAGCUGCGGAAACUGGAAGCUUUCGGGCUCAGUCCUGCUGUUGGGCCUGAGGGCCUCAGUGGCUCCUCCCGGAUGAAAGGUAGAAGCUCGACCAAGAUCCUCCUGGAAACCUUGCUACUGGCUGCCCAUAAGACUGUGGACCGAGGCAUCGCAGCCUCUCAGAGGUGCCUUCUGGAAAUCCUGCGGACAUUAGAGCAGGCUCAUCAGGUGACCUAGAGUCAAAGCCCGAAGAUCACGGCCCUGACGAAACAAGCCAGCACCAGCCUGGAGAAAAAAGGCCACAUGUACCUGGUUGGCUGGCAGACCCUGGGCAUCAUGGCCAUCAUGGAUGGAGUGGAGUGUAUCCACACCUUUGACUACCGAGAUGUCCGCGGCUUUCUCACUGGUGAUCACAGUGACAUGUUUAACCAGAGGACGGAGCUCCUCCACCAGGGUUCCCAGUUCUCCUUCUCCCAAGAGAACCUCCUGACGUGCAUCUUGCCAUCCCUCACAGAAAUCGACAUCGUGGUCUUCAUUUUCACCCUGGAUGACAACCUCACGGAGGUGCAGGCGCUGGUGGAGCAGGUGAAGGAGAAGACGGCCCACAUCCAGGCCCUGGCGCAUAGCACCGUGGGGCAGACCCUGCCGACCCCUCUGAAGAAGCUCUUCCCCUCCAUCAUCCGCAUCACGUGGCCACUGCUUUUCUUCGAAUAUGAAGGGAACUUCAUCCAGAAGUUCCAGCAUGAGCUAAGCACCAAGUGGGUGCUGAAUACCGUCAGUACAGGGGCCCACGUGCUUCUUGGGAAGAUCCUCCAAAACCACAUGUUAGACCUGUGCAUUCGCAACUCCAAGCUCUUCUGGAGGGCGCUGGCCAUGCUGCAGGUAGGCGGCGAUGGGACGUGGCUGGCUGGGGCCUGGCCUCCUGCCCCGGCUAUGGAUGUGUGUGGGGCUAAGGCAGCUUUUCUCCAACAGGUGGCAAAUGGGGCCCCAGCAGUGCCGGCCCUGCAUCCUACCAAUGUAGCAACCCGGAUGGACGGAGAGUGUAUCUGUGCCCAUGAUUCCCAUGCAUGCCUGGGAGGAAGGUGGCUUGUCUUGGGUCACAUGCCAUCCCUGAGCUGGUCACUGUUCUCCAGGGGAAAGCCGCCCUCUGCCCAGGCCUGGCUCAUGUGCUCUCCCUGUGGGAUGGCCCUGGAGGAAAGGGUGGGAACCUCUGGUGGUGGGGUGCGACGAACACUAGAACCCGGGUCCGUCCAUUUUAGACCUCCUCUUCGACUGUUUGUGGACAUGGGGAAGGCAAACCUUGCCCAUCGGAAACCCAUUCCAGACCUUCAGUGCCUAGGGCACAGGACUCUGAUAAAAGAGCGCUGGCUCCCCCUUGUGCCCGAGAAGUACACAGGGAAAAGCUCUGGAGCGCCCUGGAACCUUCAGGCUGUAGGGUGA